AUGCUGCUACUGGCCUGUCUUUUCAAUCCACCAUUUAUCGUGUUACCCAGAGCUGCCACGAGACGUGCGCAGCUCACCGUCACGACGUCUUCCACAAAGCGCCGUAAGGUUGCAGAGCCUCGCAGACCAGGAGGAGCCCUGCCGGGUUUGUCGUUUGCCUCGCAGGCUGGAAGACGUCACAGUCAGCACCCCCAUUCCGACUCGUCUUCCGUGCCACCGAAUCCUCGCCCAUCGUCUACGUCCGGGUCGAACCGAAGUCAAAGCCCUUCUGUGUCUCCGUCUCCUCGCUAUAUUCCCGCCCAUUUGCAGGAAGAAGUGCUUGGCACCGCCGCCCGCUCCCCGACCUCGGAAUCCGCCAGUACCGCCGACUAUCCUUCGAUCGCCUGCGCAGGACUCACCCUACACAGCGACGCUAUGACGGAUAUGUCUGGUUCCGACAAAGGAGAUGGCAGCGUUCCGCCUCCUGGAGGUGACGUUCGGUCAUCCUCCCCUGGUAUCAAACGGUCGGCUCCUAACGCCGACCAGGAUGUGGAGAUGGAUCUAGGUUCGACGGAGAAGAGAUCUGUUUCUCUGUCCCAGCACACAGACGUGAUGGAUACGACUACGGCGGAGGGGAGCUCGAACGGCAACGGUGACAACUCUGGGUCAGAUAACGUCUAUCCCACACCAUCCAGCAUGUCAACCUUUACCUCCUCCACGGCGACCCGAAAGGAAUCCAAGGCUCAAGCCUCCAGCUCGUCCCACGAUCUCCCUCCCAUCGACGAUCAGGUCGCUCAAGUGACCUGCACCAUGGCCCAGCCGUUGAAGGAGAAACAGAAGGGAUAUCUCGUGUCCAUGUCUUGGUUGAAGCGGGUGCUCGCUCGCAGCUCGACCCACGCCGACAAGGCCGAUAAGUCGGCAGCUGAAGGAGAAAUUGGACCCGUGGAUAACUCAGACCUUGUGCUGGUCACUGACCCGGCGAUUACCGGCUUCCAUGAUGAGGCAGGAGAGCCCUUUGUGCCCUUGCGUCCAGGUCUGCAGAUGGGAGAGGACUUUGAGAUAGUGCCCCAGGAAGGCUGGGACCUGAUCAUGCGAUGGUACGGCUUGGCUAGUCAAUCGCCAGCCAUUGUUCGCUAUGCUCAUAACACCGUGGAGGAAGGUGAUACUGAAAAUAUUCAAUACGAGCUUCAUCCUCCAAUCUUCACCGUUCUGAAGCUAGCAAACCCGGCAGCGGGGACCACUCCACAGAGUCUAAGAGAGAAGAAUAUGCCACCUGCAAAGGUCUUGUCCAGCCGACACACCAACUUCCAAAAGUGGCUGAAGCAAGUGAAGGGACUGGCCAAUAUUGACAUGUCUACCAAGGUCCGUGUAUGGAGAAUUCUCGGGGGACUGGGAAGUGCGACGGCUUCGGCUGCAAUCACACCCGCUGCGUCACGGAGCGCUUCUCCGGCACCUACGGCCUCCCUGGUUGCCAAUGCCGGCAACAACCUUGUACUUGACCUCAACACCUUCCUCUCGUUAUCGGACGGCGCUCAGCGAGAACUGGUCGACAACGUCAAGGAUCAAACCAAUAAUCCCAAUUUCAACGGUCGAUCUACCUUGGAUCGUGUUGGCUUGUCUACCAGUGAUGUUGUGGUACUUGAGGAGCGCGUUGGUGGAGAGUGGGCUUCAGAAGUGUCCAAAAAGACCCUCGAUCGCCUAGGUGUCCCGAGUGGCAGUAUGAAGAAUGGCGUUCCUGCCAAGCUCAAGAACAAAAGUCCUACCAACAGUGGUAGAUCAUCGCCCGCCCCAGAGCCUAUUAGGGGCCGGCGUAAAGACGGAAAGCCCAGGGGCUGCACGGGAUUGAGCAACCUCGGAAACACCUGCUACAUGAACUCUGCUCUACAGUGCGUGCGCAGUGUGGAGGAACUGACAUACUACUUCCUGAACGAUGUGUAUAAGAAAGAUCUCAACCCCAGUAAUCCUCUCGCCCAUAACGGUGAUAUAGCCAAGGCGUAUGCGAACCUUCUUCGUAUGAUCUACGACGAAGCGGGUCAGUCGUCGUUCGCUCCCCGCCAGUUUAAACAUACCAUUGGUCGUUACGGUCCUGCAUUCUCGGGAUACGGGCAACAGGAUUCGCAGGAAUUUCUGCUGUUCCUGCUGGAUGGGCUACAAGAAGAUUUGAACAGAAUACAGAAGAAGCCAUAUAUCGAGAAGCCAGACUCCACGGACGACAUGGUCCACGACAAGAAGGCUCUCAAAGAGUUUGCCAAUAAAUGCUGGGACAUUUACAAAGCCCGCAAUGACUCGGUCAUCACGGAUCUUUUUGCCGGCAUGUACAAGUCAACACUUGUCUGCCCUGUCUGCGAGAAGGUCAGCAUCAUCUUUGAUCCAUUCAACAAUCUGACGCUUCAGCUUCCGAUCGAGAAUCUUUGGAGCAAGGAGAUCUUCUUUUUCCCCCUCCACCGCAAGCCUGUCAUCGUUGACGUGGAGAUUGAUAAAAACGCCAGCAUCAAGGCGCUCAAGGAGUUAGUGGCCAAGAAGAUGGGCUCCGAUCCUCAGCGUCUCGUCAUGGCCGAAAUCUACAAGUGCAAAUUCUACAAGAUGUUCGACAACUCUGCGUCCAUUGCUGAUUGCCAGAUCGGCCAAGGCGACGACAUCGCAAUCUUUGAGGUGGAGUCUGUACCUACCAACUAUAAUCCCGACAAGCGCCAGAAGAGUUACUUUUCUUAUGGUCGUUCAGACUAUGAAGAAAUUCCUAGCUUUGACUCACCCAAGGCAGACCGAAUGCUUGUGCCCAUCUUCAAUCGGCAUUGCCGGCCAAAGUCGAAUAACAGCGGGAAUAAGCAGCGGUCGCUCUUCGGCGCUCCUUUGUAUGUAGUCAUCAGCAGAGAAGAGGCUCAAGAUUACGAUGCCAUCCUCCACAAAGUUCUUGAAGCUGUUGCCACGUUGACAACGCGAGACAUUCUCAAUGAGGAGAACAUCAAGAAAGCUGACGAGCAAGGGGGGACUCAAGAGGAUUCGGAUACCGUUGUGAUGAAUGAGGAUGACGCGCAAUCUGCAGAUUCUAAAAUCAAGACAUCAUCUGUGGACGGUGAGGAUGGUUUGGUGGACGUAUCCAUGCGCGACGCUUCCGACGAGAUGGAUAGUCCAUCUUCGCAAGACACCAAGCGUGAAAAUGCUGUCUUGGGCCCUGACAGCUCUAUUGCACCUGGCCUCCGGAGCCUCUUCGACAUGAAGAUUAUCAAAUCGUCCCACGAGGUUGUGCCUCUCGGCUGGUCUUCAGUGGAUGAUAUCAAAGACUAUCCAUUGAUGUCGUCCAGAGUCAAAGCACUGUCGUCUAGCAAACAGAAGAAGACAACGUCCAGUUCAGUGACCGAGCGAAAGAACAGUGAUGACUCGGAUCAGGAUGGAAGCGCCGGCAGUGCUUCUGACAGUGACUCUGACAUGUUCUCCAACGUCAGUCGCCCUAAGGCUGUACAGACCCAAACCGACGAGCGUCCUCUGAUCCGCCCGGGCGAAGGUAUCGUGCUGGAUUGGAACGAUCAAGCCCACGAUGCCCUAUUUGGUGGGGAUAAAAAGGACACUGACGGGCUACGUGGUACUCCUACAUGGACCAACGUGGAGCGCAUUCCAGAUCCGGAACUCGCCAAACGCCGUGAUCUUCGUCGGAGCCGGAAGAAGAGGGGCGUUACGCUCUACGAAUGUCUUGAUGAGUUCAACAAAGAGGAGAUUCUUUCCGAGAAUGAUGCAUGGUACUGCCCUCGCUGCAAAGAGCAUCGCAGAGCCAGCAAGAAGUUCGAAUUGUGGAAGACUCCCGACAUCCUUGUCAUGCACCUGAAGAGAUUCAGCGCCAGCAGGGGUUUCAGGGACAAGCUAGAUGUCCUGGUCGACUUCCCCGUUGAAGAGCUGGACAUGAGCGACCGUGUCGAAGCGCCUGAAGAGGGAAAGAGCCUAAUCUAUGAUCUCUUCGCGGUUGAUAACCACUACGGUGGAUUAGGAGGCGGUCACUAUACGGCCUAUGCGAAGAACUUUAUGAGUGGCGAAUGGAACGAGUACAACGAUUCGUCCGUCUCACGACCAAUUGAUCCCCAAAGUGUGGUGACUCCCGCCGCGUAUUUAUUGUUUUACCGUCGGCGUUCAGACCGCCCGCUGGGCGGGAAGAUCUUGGAGGAAAUCGCCGAGUCGUCAACUCGACCAGCCAGCGAGGACAACUCCCCGGCUGGGUCCCGUGGGCAGUCGCCGUCGGGGAACGGGCGGCGUCUCGGCGGCUCCUCCCGCAAUGGGUCGUCGAGCGCCUUAGCCGGAGUCGGAGCAGCUCACCAAGCGGGAGAUGGUGGUUUGCGAACCGGAAUCCGGGCGAGGAAUGAGGACAGUGAUGACGAUGAUGAAUCUCCCCCUGACUAUUCGGACAGCCCAGCCGCUGGCGAGCAGAGCCUUGCGAAAGCAAACCGACUGGAAGGUAUGAGCUUUGAUGAAGACGAGUUCGGCGAUGGAGCCUAUGCCAACCCGCUCCCCUACUCAAGCCAGCCCACGUGGUCCUUCGACCGAGUCACAGAUGCUCAUGGCCUUUCACAGAUGACCACAGUACCUCCGGGAUCCAUCUCUGAUGACGAGGAUUUGUUCGACGACGAUGCCAGCAACAAAGCGGUGGGCGGGGGAGAUCUCAGCGACUCCGACUUGCGCCUCGCCGCAUUGACCGGAAGCCCAAUCGGUCAGGGAGUGUUCCCAGGCACGCCCAUGGAGGAGGAAGCUCCGAUCCAGGACAUCCCUCCGCCACUAGACGGUGAUGACGAUGAAGAUUUACCCGUGGUGGAGCUACGGGUGAAUGAUGAUGACCAGAUCGUCUCGGACUGA